AUGGCGAAUGUUUACACAUAGAAUGUGUUCAAACCAUUGAAAUGGUUUCAUGUUAAACAUUUUCACUAAACAAAUACAAAUGUCUAUACUACAUAAAGCAGAGGCUUUCUUUUCAAUAAUCAAACCAAUUUAAUAAAUUAUAGGCUGUCAGGCCUAAAAGGCUGCAAAAAAUGUCGCAGAAAAACAGCUUCCAUGGUGACCUCCCUAAACUACAGCCACUUCCGGUUAUACUCCCCGGUCAAGUGAGAGAGAUGAAUAAAGAGGAGAAGCUCAAAGCCCGGCUGUAUUCCUACGCGCCUCUUACUGCGCCCAUCAAUCCGCGAGCCCUGAAGUUCAAAGGUGUCACCCAAUGCCAAGCCAGGAAACUCACCAAGCCCAUUGAACGCAGAGUUGAGCCAUUGCCUUCACUACAAAAAUAUCAAGAGACCCACCAGCCGGAAUUCCUCCAAAAGAAAGAGCUUGAGAGAUUGGAAAAACUCAGAAAGUUAAAAGAGGAAGCGGAGAAAGCUCAGAAACGAAUGAAGAAACAACAGCGUCAAAGUUUAACGGUUGAUGUGGACAGCCUCCAAGACUUGACGGCCUUGAAAAAAUCGUCUUCUACAACUUCCGAAGUGGAGCCAUCAGUGGUUGAGAAAUUUUACAGACAGACUUUUCCUAUUGUAACCUAUGAGGACAUGUGCUUGACCCAAGUGGAAGAGUCCAUUGUGGGCAGAGGGAAGAGCAAGAUGGGCAAGAUCCAUACAUUUCAAAGCACGCCUUCCACGGACAACACAAUCAAAUUUAUUCCCAGUUUUGCGGGCCUGGAUGACAUGGACCUCAUCGUCAAGACGGUCCUGGAGAAUCGAAACCGUAUCGCUUGUUUGUAUCUAACUCCUAAAGUCCCAAAAGACUCAGUGGACUAUCACUAUUACAAUCUCAAAGUGGCUGAAUACAAAGACGUCAAUAGAAAAGAUUAUCUGUCAAUGAGCUACAAGUUUGUCACCAGGAUUAGGUACGGCAUGCAGAUGGAAAACAUGACCCUCGAGCAGUGGACUCAAGAAGUGGACAUUUUUAGAAGACUUAGAGUGUAUAACACCUUUCGCCUGCACCGGAAAUGGAAAGCCUUCAACGUUUGGCUGAAGAACAUGCAAUCACUGAAAACAAAUUUAUGCAAGAAGUUUUUGAACGAACAUUUGUUUAUGUUGAAUCAUACCUUGAGACCAGCUAUAGUGACAGUGGUGGGCUUGUGUCUGACCACUCGACAGCUAGAGAUGUACGUCGUGGAUGACCGAGUCUGUUAUACGCUGGACUCAUUUCUGGACACUCAGAAAGCCCAGCUGAAAGAGGUCAAGACACGUCUGGAUAGGUUCCGUGAUCUGGUGGCGAACACAGUGUAUCAUGCUUGUAGAUCCUGUCUCAUAGAAGCUGGUUUUUUGCCAGACGACGACCCUUUGUUCUCAGCAAACAAUAUAGAUUUUGUUGAAGGCUCAGAGGAAGACGAGCCUAUGGUUUACACAAUGCAAGCAAACAAGAGAGCCAUCUGCAAGAGAUUGACAAACUAUAUCACUAUGCUGGACUACAUGGUGAUGAGCACCAUUCACGAAGUACUGGUCAACUCCGUCAUUAACUUUGAUAAACAAAUGAGACAUCUCAUAGAGCUGGCUUUUAAGCCCGAAGAAAUAGCCAAGCUGAACCCACUGUGUACUGACGAUAGCCCUCCAAAAAUGGACAUCACCAUGGACCAGGAGUCUCUAGCGAACGCAAUGGCGGCCGAGGAAAAUAUCGCUGGUAGAAAAGCAACGGAUACAGUUCAGUACUCAGAAAAACAUUCGGAUGAUGAGUUGCCUUACAGACCCAUGGUCAUUACAGAGAUCAUUCUGACCCCAGAGAGUUUAACUUUCUACCCUGACCAACAGAUGAUAUUACAAUCACUGGGUGACCUUAUUAAAAGCUGGCAGAAUUGUGCCAAGGACAUGGAAAAUAUGACGCCAGACACCAAGUUUGACCCUUUUACUAGCCCUCUCAUCAAUAAUAAACAAGAAGAAAAAACUUGCGGGGACGGACCGAACUUGAAGAUGGUGCUGAAGAUUGAUGAUGUGUUUCAGCUCGGAAUCAUCAGCAUCAUGCAAAACAUUGACCGGGCCUUUGCCAUUGCUGAGAAAUAUACUGAAACCAUCGAGAAACACAAAGAGUUUUAUGCCAAUGACAUUGUCUUUGACCUCAACAGCGUUCGACCUUUGAAAAAUUCUAUUGGACAGAGUGACCCAGCAUUAUUUACAGACCUGAUAGUUAAAUUCCACCAACAGCAUCGUAUGGCCAUGGCUAUCCCUGAUCGACUGCCAUUAGGAUUUUUGCUGAUAGAUGCACAGAUGUUGAAGAAGACAUUGAUACCUGCACCUAUUGAAUGUCUUAAACAAAUCCACAAAUUCCUGCCAAUUAUCACCAAAAAAGCCAUGGAUGAUAUUUUGCUAACUCUUCAAGAUGGCGCUGUCAAACUUUACAAUCAGCCCACGUCAACCAUGGAGUAUGUCACCUAUCUUCAAUUUAUGGAUGACUUUCAACAACAGAUUGACAGCAUGGAAUUAAAAUCGAUUAUUGUUAAAGAUUUGUACACACUACUAGAUGAAUUCAUGAUUGGAAAGGCUCCUGAAGAUGCAGUUGUCUUCUCUACCAUGGAGCCUAUCAUCUAUAACUCUAAAAAUUUGAUUGACCGAGCAUUGUCUGGGAGAGAUGCCAUUCUUGAGAAGUUCAACAAAUGUGCAGAGAAAGAUGGCCAGACUUAUUUGUCAGAAGCAAAGAAUGUGUUUGAGAAAAUGCAGAAUCCAAUGCUCCUAGAUCCUAAAGCAGAUCGGGAAGAAGUCCGGCAAUAUUUGAAUGACCUCUUAGAGCAAAUGGAAUCUGUGCAACAAAAGUCUAAGGCAUUAAAAGAUCGUCAAAAGGAGUUGAAGGUGGAAGUAAUUAAACUGGACUAUCUACAUGAAGUCCAAACCGAACUUAAAAUGAGAGACGUGAUGUGGACAUGUAUCGAUCAAUGGGACAACAUCGUACAAAGAUGGACAGAGGUUCCAUUCAUGAACUUGGAACCAGAGGAGGUGACCUCCACCACUAUGAAAUACCUGAAGACGGUUCAGAUGCUAGAGAAAGGUCUACCACCCAAUGAUGUGGUCAGCAUGUUGAAGAAGAAAGUUGAAGUUAUGAAACAGAGACUUCAGGUAAUAACUGACAUGAGAAACCCACAUCUUAAAAAAAGGCACUGGGACUUGAUCCAGGAAGCAUUGAAUUAUAAAUUCAUCAAAGAUGAGCCUCUAACACUUGGCCUGUUGAUUGAGAUUGAUGCAUUUGACAAGUCUGAAGAAAUGAUGGAGAUAGCUGGCAUGGCGUCCUCACAGGCAGCUCUGGAAGCCAUUCUAAAAAAAGUGGUGGAUGCCUGGAAGCAUGUGGAGUUCCCUGUACUGCCUUACAAAGAUCAGAAAGAUGUCUAUAUAAUUGGGAGCACCGAUGAGAUUCAACAACUGUUAGAUGAUAGUAACAUUAACAUCCAGACCAUUCAGUCAUCAAGACAUGUAGGUCCCAUUAAAACCAAAGUGGAAGAAUGGGCAGCUAGUCUCAGUUUAUUUAAUAAGACUUUGGAAUCAUGGAUCAACUGUCAGAGGACAUGGCUAUAUUUAGAAUCAAUUUUUAGUGCCCCUGAUAUUCAGAGGCAGCUUCCAGUGGAGGCCAAACUGUUUGUUGAAGUUGACAGAUCUUACAAGGAAAUUAUGAGGAGAGUAAAGAAAACUCCUCUUGCUAUACGUAAUGGAACACAGCCAGGUCUCUGGGAAACAUUUGAAUAUAACAAUGAAUUAUUGGAUAAAAUUCUGAAAUGUCUUGAAGCCUACCUGGAAACAAAGCGUGUCACAUUUCCAAGGUUCUACUUUCUCUCCAAUGAUGAACUACUUGAGAUACUUGCACAGACUCGAAACCCAUUGGCUGUGCAACCACACUUACGUAAAUGUUUUGAUGCUAUACACAGACUAGAGUUUGCUGUGGUUGAGGGACUUCCACCUGAGGAAGAGAUUCAAUUUACAAAUGACAUAUUAAGCAUGAUAUCACCAGAAGGAGAGAAGAUUGGAUUGGGCAAAGGCUUGAAGGCAAGAGGUAAUGUCGAAGAUUGGCUCGGAAAAGUGGAAGAAGCCAUGUUCGCCAGUAUACGACGAUUGUGCAAAAAGUCAAUCAAAGACUAUGAGACAAUGUCAUUUCUUUCUUGGAUUAUGUCAAAUGCUUCACAAGUUGUUCUAACAAUAUGUCAAAUGAUGUGGACCCGUGAUGUCACAGCUAUUCUUAGAGACUCUCGAACAGUUAUCAGGGGAAUGAGGGACUUUGAACAAAGAAGCUUUACAGAGUUAAAUCUUCUAGCUGGGGCAGUGAGAGGAGAACUUCCUAAACUGGCACGAGCUACACUCUGCGCUCUUAUUACAAUCAAUGUUCAUGCACGGGACAUAAUUUCAGAAAUGGUGAAAAAACAGGUAUCAGAACUUUUAAGUUUUGACUGGCAAAAACAACUCAGAUAUUAUUGGAAUAUGGAAGUGGACAACUGUGUUGUCUGCAUGUCAAUUGCUGUCUACACCUAUGGCUAUGAGUACCUUGGAGCCUGUCCUAGAUUAGUGAUUACACCUCUGACCGACAGAUGCUAUCUCUGCCUUAUGGGAGCCCUACAACUUGAUCUAGGUGGAGCACCUGCAGGUCCAGCUGGUACUGGAAAGACUGAAACAACUAAAGAUUUGGCUAAAGCUUUGGCUAUAUGGUGUGUAGUGUUUAAUUGUUCAGACAGCUUGGAUUAUAAGAUGAUGGGAGGAUUCUUCUCUGGGCUAGCACAGUCUGGGGCCUGGUGCUGUUUUGAUGAGUUCAACCGAAUCAAUAUUGAAGUUUUAUCUGUUAUUGCUCAACAGCUUAUUACUAUCAGAAAUGCCAAAGUAGCUAAGCUCAAUAGGUUCAUGUUUGAAGGGCGUGAGAUCAAACUGGUUCAUACAUGUGCAGCCUUCAUCACGAUGAAUCCUGGUUACGCUGGACGGACAGAAUUACCUGAUAAUUUACAGGCUUUGUUUAGACCUAUAUCAAUGAUGGUACCAGAUUAUGGUCUGAUUGCUGAAGUUAUCUUGUACUCUGAAGGAUUUGAGUCCUCCAGAACAUUAGCCAAGAAAAUGGUUCAAAUGUACAAACUGUGUAGUGAACAACUCUCGCAACAAGAUCAUUAUGACUUUGGUAUGCGAGCUGUUAAAUCUGUCCUGGUUAUGGCUGGCAGUUUAAAAAGACAGAAUCCUGACAAACCGGAAGAUGUAGUUCUGAUUCGAGCGCUUCGUGAUAGCAAUCUUCCAAAGUUUUUGUUCAAUGAUGCUAAACUGUUUCAAGCCAUACUUUCAGAUCUUUUUCCUGGUGUUAACAUACCAGAACAUGAUUAUGGCCAGCUGAAAGAUGAGAUCAUGAACAUCCAACUAGAAAUGAAGCUCCAAGUGGUGGACACGCAAGUUGUGAAAGUGAUACAGUUCUUGGAGACUAUGAUUGUCAGACAUGGUGUUAUGUUAGUUGGACCAACUGGGGGUGGAAAGACCACAAUUUACAGGAUUCUAGAAAAAGCCUUGACCAGUUUGUACAAUCAAGGUGUACAGAAUGAAUUCUAUCAACCAGUUCAUGUGUAUGUUAUGAAUCCAAAAUCUAUUACUAUGAAUGAAUUAUAUGGAGGUGUGGACAAACAAACGCUUGAGUGGAAAGAUGGGCUCAUGGGACUGACUGUCAGGUUUUGUGUCAACGACACAACCAAAGAUCAUCAGUGGAUAGUAUGUGACGGCCCUGUGGAUGCAUUAUGGAUAGAGAACAUGAACACAGUGUUAGACGACAACAAAAUGUUAUGCUUAGCCAAUAGUGAGAGAAUCAAAUUUACACCUUACAUCCACAUGAUCUUUGAGGUGCAGGAUCUAGCCGUAGCUUCACCCGCCACAGUCAGCAGGUGUGGAAUGGUUUACGUUGACCCAGAUGAACUGAAGUGGUUACCAUUUGUUAAAACGUGGCUUGAUAAAUGGGGUAAAAAUAUGUCCCCGGAGGCUCCUGCCUAUCUUCUCAAACUCUUUGAAAUCUAUGUUGAAGAUGGUCUAAGAUUUGUCUCCAAAAAAUGUACUCAGACAAUGAACCAGGUAGAUAUCAGCAAAAUAAACUCAUUUUGUAAGUUGCUUGAAGCCAUUUUCUUCUACAAGCUUGGUCAAUUUGACUGGUCACUAGAAUCCUCCAAGAUGUUUCGAUUUCUGUGCCAGAUCUUUGUGUUUUGUUACCUUUGGGCUCUUGGGGGUAACCUCAAUGAUGAGUACAGAGAUGCUUUUGAUCUGUUUAUACGACAACAAUUUGAUGAAAAUCAAGAUGCCAAGCUGCCAGGAACAUAUCCUUUAUGGAGCUAUUACAUUGAGGUGGAUUCAAAGAGAAUGGAUCUGUGGGAACGUCUUGUCUCAUCCUUUCGAUUUGACAAAUCCAUUUCAUUUUUUAAAAUGAUGGUGCCCACUGUGGACACAGCACGUUAUGGCUACUUCCUAGAGAGGUUACUUUCUGUUCAAAAACCAGUGCUCUUUACAGGAGGGACAGGCGUGGGCAAGUCUGUGAUAGUAAGAGAUCUACUUGAUCGCAUCUCUGAGAGAAUGAACUACGUACCAGUUUACAUUAACUUUUCUGCGCAAACCAGCAGCGGAAGAACUCAGGAAAUUAUUGAAGGGAAGUUGGAGAAACGAAAGAAAAAUGUUAUUGGUGCACCUCAAGGUAAACGAGUGGUCAUAUUUAUUGACGAUCUCAACAUGCCCAAACUGGACACGUACGGCUCUCAGCCACCUAUUGAACUUUUACGACAGUAUCUAGACUUUGAUGGUUUAUAUGACAGAGAAACAAUGACCUGGAAAGAGAUUCAGGAUGUAACCCUUGCUGCUGCCUGUUCGCCUCCUGGUGGUGGUAGAAAUCCUGUGUCACCAAGGUUAUUUCGACAUUUUUCCAUGUUCACCAUCCCAUCCCCAACUGAAAUGAGCCUGAAACAGAUGUUUUUAGCAAUCAUCAAUGGGUUUUUACUAGACUUCUCUCGCAAUGCCCGUACAUUAGCUGAACCAAUAGUCAACUCAGCUGUUGAACUCUAUUUUAGAAUGAGCUCAGACCUACUUCCUACGCCUGCCAAAUCUCACUACGUUUUCAAUCUGAGAGACCUUUCUAAAGUAGUCCAAGGUAUAUUGCAGGCUGAUGCAGGAAUCUUCCGUGAAAAAAUUCAAAUUGUUCGUCUAUUUAUUCACGAGACUCAAAGAGUGUUCCAUGAUCGACUGAUUAACAAUGAAGACAAGCUUUUCUUCCACAAACUUAUGGCAGAAAUUGUGUACAAAACAUUCAAUGAGAACUUUGAUCCGCAUUCAUUUAUCAAAGAUCCUUUACUGUUUGGUAACUUCAUGAAGAUGGGAUGCCCACCAGAAGAGAAAUUUUAUGAGGAGAUAUCUGACAUGAACAAACUUCAACAUGUUUUAGGGGAGUAUCUAGAUGACCUUAACCUUACAUCACCUAAAGAAAUGCGUCUUGUGUUCUUUAUGGAUGCAAUGGAACAUAUUACUCGACUAGUCAGGAUGAUUCAACAAGAAAGAGGCAAUGCUUUAUUGGUUGGAGUGGGAGGAACAGGAAAACAGUCAUUAACAAGAUUGUCUGCCCACAUGUGUAACUAUCGCUGCUUCCAGAUUGAGCUCUUUCGAGGCUAUGACUAUUCUUCAUUCCACGAUGACCUGAAAAAAUUGUAUGAUACAGCAGGCAUUCAAAAUAAACCCACAAUUUUUUUAUUUACUGAUACACAGAUUGUGGUAGAAGAAUUUCUAGAAGAUAUUAACAACAUGCUGAACUCUGGAGAAGUUCCAAACUUGUUUGAACCUGACGAGUAUGAGAGGUUGAUAAUAGGCUGCAGACCAGGUGCUAAAGAGGCAGGAAUUCCUGAAGGAAAUAGAGAUGCUAUUUAUGACUAUUGUAUCCAUUGUGUCAGAAAUAAUCUGCACAUAGUAUUGUGCAUGUCUCCGGUGGGCUCUGCCUUUCGAUCACGAUGCCGGAUGUUUCCAUCUUUGGUCAACUGUUGCACCAUAGACUGGUUCAUUGAAUGGCCGAAAGAAGCUCUUUUAGGAGUGGCACAGUCUUUCUUCAAAACCGUAUCUUUAGGAUGUUCAGAUGAAAUCAAAGACAAUGUAUCUAAAAUGUGUGUAGAAAUUCAUAUGAGUGUCACAGAAAUGUCUGAGAGAUUCUUCACCGAGCUAAAGCGCCGUUACUACACCACACCCACCUCCUACCUUGAGCUGAUCAACUUGUACAUUACCAUGGUACAAGAGAAAACAAGUAAUAUUAAGACUGCUCGUGAGAGGGUAGCUAAUGGACUUUCCAAGCUGUUUUCGACCAAUGAUUUGGUGGACAAUAUGAAGAAAGAACUUGUUGCCUUAGAGCCUGAACUUAAACAGAAGUCUGCUGAUACUGCUGCAUUGAUGGAAAGACUUAAAAUAGAUCAAGAGAAAGCUAAUGUUGUUCAGAAACAGGUGGCUAUCGAUGAAGCCAAAGCAAAAACAACUGCUGAAGAAACUCAGGCUAUAGCAGAUGAUGCUCAGCGAGACUUGAACGAGGCGCUACCUGCGCUGGAAGUUGCAGAGAAAGCUUUGUUAGCACUAGACAAAAAUGACAUUGCUGAGAUACGAGUAUUUACCAAACCUCCAGAACUUGUUCAGACAGUUCUAGAAGCUGUUGCCAUUCUCUUAGGCAACAAGACAGACUGGGCGAGUUGUAAAGCCAUGCUGGCAGACACGAACUUCUUAAAAAAAAUUUAUGAAUAUGACAAAGAAAAUGUCCCAGCUGCCAAGCUGGCUAAAGUCAGGAAAUAUACAUCCAUGCCAAGUUUUGUACCUGACGUUGUAGCCAAAGUUUCAAAGGCUUGUAAAACUUUAGUCCUAUGGGUUCGAGCAAUUGAUGUUUACUCUGCUGUAGCUAAACAAGUUGAGCCAAAGAAACAAGCACUGGCUGAGGCUCAAGAUGUUCUCAAUGAGGUUUUAAGUGUCCUCAAAGCUAAACAAGACCAACUGGCUGAAGUGGAGAAACAAAUUAAAAAUCUUCAGGCUGUCUUUGACAAGAGUAUGGCUGAAAAAAAAAGUUUGGAAAGAAACAUGGCUGUGACUGCCGCCAGAUUGAAACGCUCUUCCAAACUGACAACAGCCUUAGCUGAUGAACAAGUUCGCUGGGAGGAAAGUGUUGCCAACUUUGAUGUACAGUUGAAAAAUGUAGUAGGAGAUGUUUUUAUAGCAGCAGCUUGUGUAGCUUACUAUGGAGCCUUUACUUCUACUUACAGGCAAAAACUUGUAGAGGGUUGGACUAAACGAUUGAUUGAUCUUCAAAUACCUGCAACAGAAAAUAUGACUCUUGUGUCAGUCUUGGCAGAUAUAUAUGAAAUUCGACAAUGGAAUGCUGACGGUCUGCCAAGAGAUGCUGUGUCAAUUGAAAACGCUGUUCUUGUAACUAAAGGUCGCAGGUGGCCUUUGAUGAUUGACCCACAAGAACAGGCCAACAGAUGGAUCAGAAAUAGAGAGGCUCUAAAUAAGCUUAAAAUUAUUAAAUUAUCCAAUUCCAACUUUCUGAGAACACUGGAAGCUUGCAUAAGAGCAGGUUUACCUGUUUUGAUGGAGGAUGUUGGUGAAGCUUUGGAUCCAGCACUAGAACCUGUCUUGUUAAAACAAACAUUUAUACAGGGUGGGCGUGUGUUGAUUCGCUUGGGGGAUAGCGAUAUAGACUAUGAUCGAAACUUUCGUUUCUAUAUGACCACCAAACUGUCUAAUCCACAUUACUUGCCAGAAGUCUGCAUCAAAGUAACAGUUAUCAAUUUCACAGUCACCAAGAAAGGCCUUGAAGAUCAACUUCUUAGUGAUGUUGUCAGUUUAGAGAGACCAGACUUGGAAGAACAAAGAAAUGAACUCAUCAUGAGAAUCAAUGCUGAUAAGAACCAGCUGAAAUCUAUUGAAGAUAAAAUUCUGAAGUUACUUUUUGAAUCGGAAGGAAAUAUAUUGGACAAUGAAGAACUUAUCAAUACAUUGAAUGAUUCUAAGGUCACCUCAGCAGUUAUCAAACAAAGACUUGCUGAAUCCGAGACAACAGAAGAAAAGAUCAGUGUGGCCCGAGAGAAAUAUCGCUGCGUUGCUGAGAGGGGUUCUGUUAUGUACUUUGUGGUGUCUGACAUGGGGGAAGUAGAUCCCAUGUAUCAAUUCUCUCUCAAGUAUUUUAAACAGCUAUUUAACAAUACAAUCUCAACCAGUGAGAAGUCUGAUGACCUUCAAACACGACUGGACAUUUGCUUAGAAGAGACUACAGUAUGUAUUUACAAGAAUGUUUCUAGAGGUCUCUUUGAAAAACACAAGCUUGUAUUUUCAUUUUUGCUUUGCUCAGAGAUUAUGAAAACUGAAGGGGAAAUAACUCCCUUGGAGUGGAAUUUUUUUCUCCGUGGACCUAUUGGAGGUAUAGAGAAGCAAAAUAUCCCCAAACCAGAAAACACAACAUGGCUUCCAUCAAAUGUUUGGAAAAUGGCCUGCGAGAUGAGUGACACAUUUGAAGAUUUCCGUUACAUCCAUUAUGAUUUGGAUAAAACACCUGUAUGGAUAAGACUGGAUGAAGGCCCUGAGGUUCGAGCCAAUCCUCCUCCGGAGCGCUAUCUCUACGCUGUCUUGGAUCCCCCUGAAUAUAACGAUGGUGAUCUGCCUCUUCCAGAUAGAGUUAAUGGAAAUUGGAAUGAUCGCCUGACAGCUUUUCAAAAAUUAAUGUUUGUUAAAGUUUUCCGUGAGGAAAGGACAACAUUUGCAGUGACAGAGUUUGUUUCUGAAUGUUUAGGGAAACAAUUUGUUGAAAGUCCUCCUGUCACAUUGCCAGAACUCUAUGAAAGUAUGUCUAAGACUACUCCACUGGUCUUCGUUCUUUCUCCAGGAUCAGAUCCAAUGACAUCAUUUCUACGUUUUGCUAAAGAUAUGGGAGUUCAUGAAAAUGUGAAAUCAAUUUCACUUGGCCAAGGUCAAGGUCCAGUGGCGGAUAAAAUGAUCAAGAAUGCAACCAAAUUUGGUGAAUGGGUUUUUUUACAGAAUUGCCAUUUAGCUGCUUCAUGGAUGAAUGCCAUGGAAGACAUUAUAAAAAAUAUCCAGGAGACCAGUUCACUUUUACACAGCAACUUUAGACUCUAUCUGUCUUCAAUGCCUGCCAAACAUUUCCCUGUCAGUGUUCUUCAGAAUAGUGUCAAAGUCACUAAUGAGCCACCUAAGGGUAUUAGAGCUAAUCUAAGAAGGGCAUUCAUAGAUAUGUCAACUUCAUUUUUUGAAGACCACCCUCUGGGAAUGGACUGGAGGAAGAUCAUUUUCGGCAUUUGUUUUUUUCAUGCUGUUAUUCUUGAGAGGAAAAAAUUUGGACCAUUAGGCUGGAAUAUUACAUACGCUUUUAGUGAUAGUGACAGAGAGUGUGCAUUGCUCAACAUGGAAAUGUUUUGUAAAGAUGGUUACAUCCCUUGGGAGACACUGAUCUAUAUAACAGGAGAGAUUACCUAUGGUGGUCGAGUCACAGAUGCCCAAGAUCAAAGAUGUCUAAGGACAAUUUUAAAGUUUUUUUUCAGACCUGAAACCUUAAAACCAAAAUAUAAAUACUCGGAAUCAGGUAUUUACUAUCCACCUCUUGUCAAGACAUUGGCUACUGUCAAGGCUUACAUUGAAUCUCUACCACUUAUAGAUGAGCCAGAAAUCUUUGGGCUCCAUGAGAAUGCAAACAUAGCCUUUCAGUUGAAUGAAACCAAUGCUUUACUUGCUACAAUACUUGAUGUUCAACCGAGAAUCGUAGCAGCUGAUGGUGGGAUGUCUAAUGAUGAUAUUACUUAUGAACUUGCUGAGGCUGUCCUGGAUCGAUUGAUUGACAAACUGGAUAUUGAAAGAGCGAAUCCCAAUAUGUUUACACCUGACGCCAAAGGUCGCAUAAACUCUUUAACCAUAGUAUUGAUGCAAGAAACUGAAAGAUUCAAUAAACUGCUUAUAAUAAUCAAGACAUCAUUAGAACAACUGAAAAAAGCAAUCAAAGGUUUCGUAGUGAUGAGUGAGGAAUUGGAGAAUGUAUACAAUGCUUUUUUAAAUAACCAUGUCCCAGAAUUAUGGGCCAGAAACGCUUAUCCUUCGUUAAAGUCUUUAGCAUCUUGGGUUAAAGACCUGAUAAUGAGGUGUUGUUUUAUUGACAAUUGGAUCAAUAAUGGACCUCCUAAGUCUUUUUGGUUGUCUGGCUUCUUCUUUCCACAAGGUUUCUUGACUGGAACUCUUCAAAAUUUUGCUAGAAAGUACAACCAGCCUAUUGAUCAUCUCUCAUUCAAGUUCAUUCUCCUGCCAUAUUCUAGAGAAGAAGCACUAGUUAUGGAGCAGUUGCGUACAGUUAAAAAGGGCGAAACAAUACCUAUGGAUCAAAAUUUGGAUGUUCCUGAUGAUGGAGUGCUUGUACAUGGACUCUAUAUGGAUGGUUUUGCCUGGGACUGGGAUCACAUGACUGUUGGUGACCAAUUGAAAGGCCAGAUGCAGGCAAAUUUGCCUGUCAUGCACAUGGAUCCUCGCCUAGACUAUGAACCAGAUUUAUCUCUCUAUCCAGCGCCACUCUACAAAACUGCUGCAAGAGCUGGCACACUUUCCACUACAGGACAUUCUACUAACUUUGUUGUAACUGUCCACCUUCCUUCAAGCAACACACAAGAUUACUGGAUAGCCAAAGGUGCAGCACUCUUAUGUCAAAUUUCUGAUUAAUUUUGCUUACAGAUAAGUUGUAAAGCAUUGAACAAUAAAAACAAUGUCCAUUACAAAUGGU